GAGAAAAUUGGGAGGUCCUUUGGAGUCUUGGAGGAAGGAGGGCGUGACCCGCAAGUUAUUCAAAACUCCAAUAGGCCCCCUUCGAGUCCCAUCCCUUCCUUGUUCGUCACCUCUUCAGAUCAUUUCAGCCUGCCUCCCGGCGGACAACCGCUCGACCGAUUCUUGGCAGCUUUUGAAUUCGCCUCCGUUAGAAAAAGGCAGAGCGUCGUCACUCUCUCUGCAAGCCACUCGUUCUUUUUUCGCUUUCUCGCUGUGUGCUCUCGUCAUCGCCCGACACUCCUUAUCGCCUACUCUCUUCCGGCUAAGAGACCUAGGACUCCUAGAUGACUGACCUUUGAUUUCAAAAAGACCAUUCCUUUUUCCCAGUCAUUUGCGGUUUUCGACUUUGAAUUUCAUCAUGGAUUAUAUUCAGCCCAGACAUCUUUAUACCCGCCUACUUGAGAAUGUGCCUUGGAAAUCGGGUGACCCAAACGUGAAGGGUGACCCAAGGAAAAGUGUUAAAUGGAUUGACGGCCUGCGAGGCAUUGCUUCAUUUCUGGUCGUCUUGACACAUCUGGCCCGAGCAUGGGACUACGACCUCUUUUCCCCCCGAGAUGACGAAGACGUCGCCCCCCGUAUCUUGCAAUGGCCCAUUCUGCGUAUACCGUGGCAAGGUCGGCUUGGUGUGACUAUCUUCGCCUUUUUGACCGGUUACGUGUGUGCCCUCAAACCCAUUAAGCAGUCCCGUAAUGGUGAUCACUUGGGCUCCUUUACCUCGGUGGCCAAGAGCGCAUUCCGCCGCCCACCUCGCUUGAUUUUCCCCGCUACUAUCGCCCUGAUCAUUUCAUGGGUGAUGGCUCAAUUUGGCGCUUUCGUUGUUGCCAACCGUUCGGACAGCUGGUGGUGCCGCUAUGCAGCUGUCGAUCUGGCCGAGACAUUCGGGCAGGAGGUCAUGCGAUUGUUUGAGAACUUCCUCAGUGUUUGGACUACCGGCUAUAUGGCAUACGACGAUCACCAAUGGGCAUUGUUACCACUGUUACAGGCAUCCAUGCUCGUGUACAUUCUUCUCUGCGCGACUAUGUUCGUCAAGUUCCGCUGGCGCUUGGCGAUUUACUUGGGCAUGGUUCUCUAUUUCCACCAAGACGCGGCCAAAAACACAGAAACCUUCCAAGUGCAAGCGAUCUACGGCAUGUUCCUUAGCGACCUUUCGUACGAAACCGCAUUCAAAGAGUUUGUUGACCGCCACAAAUGGGGCCGCAAGAUCGUGUCGGCCACCUGCGCUAUCUCUGGUCUUCUAAUCUGCUCAUACCCCGGCGAGCACCCCGAAUGGGCAACAUGGUCCAACUAUAUGUUUGAGCUGGCUCGAUAUAUUUUCCCUCCUGAUGUGAACAUUGGCAAGCGCUAUUCCGCCAUCGGUGUCGACUUGAUCAUUUUCGCCAUCUUCAUCUCGCCUUCUACCAAGGACUUCCUGGCAAAUCGUCUCCUUCUCUGGCUCGGCAAACAGAGUUUCGCUGUUUAUCUCGUGCACGGAACCCUCCUUCGCACUGUGCUGUGCUGGAUGCUAUACGGUAUCACCGGUCAACCGUGGGACGGCGACGUUGUCGAUGGCAACGGCCAACCCAUUCUCGAUGAGAAUGGCCAGCCGCUUCACCCCCACUGGAUUCCUAUCCGCCCUCCAUGGGUGGUUGCCAUCUCUAUCCCGGCGUGGAUCGCACUUGUCUACUUUUGCGCAUCACUUUGGACCUCCUACGUGGACCCAUUCUGUGCCAAGAUGACGCAGAAACUGGAGAAGAUGAUGUUCGAGGAAACUGAGAAGUCCCCAGCUACACUUCCUCUGACUAACAUGCCAAUGACGAGCAUGCCGAUGACUUCCUCGUAAUUGUCGAGCGGCAUGGCAUCCGUGAUGAAUCGCGGUGUAUAUGGUUUCUAUUCUCCUUUUUAUAACCCUUUUCUGUGCCACUGCAUCGGAAUCAUUGGGCUCACAUGAAAGCGAUAUUUUGCAUUGCAAUAUCUAAAUGUACAUAUUUCUAGCCACCUUCUCUAUCAAAUUUCCUUCCUUU